AUGCCCCUCAAGCCAAUCAAGAGGGGCUAUAAAAUAUGGAUAAGAGCAGAUCAGUCUGGAUUUGUAUCACAGUUUCAGGUAUAUACCGGAAAAUCUGAUGGAGGAGAACAAGGAUUAGGAGCAAGAGUCGUCAAAGAUUUAACUCGUUCACUUGUGGGAAAUCAUCACAAAGUGUUUUUUGAUAACUUUUUUACCACAGUUGGUUUACUGAAUGACCUGUACAAGGAUAAAAUUUACGCUUGCGGGACGAUACGAAGAAGGCGCAAAGAUGAACCCAAAGACUUGGUAAAUAAUAAUACAAAAGUAGAAAGAGGAACCUGCGACUGGGCAAUGAGCAAAGAGGGCUUGCUUUAUCUAAAGUGGAUGGAUAACAAACCUGUUCUAUUUAUUAGUAAUUUUCACAGUCCAACUGACAUUCAAAAUGUUUCGAGAAGACAAAAGGAUGGUUCAUCAAAAAACAUUACAUGCUUGCAGUUGGUAAAGGAUUACAAUUCCCAUAUGGGUUAUGUAGAUCAGUCAGACAUGUUUGUUUCCUUGUACAAAGUAAACCGAAAAUCUAGAAAAUGGUGGCACAGAUUGUUCUGGCACUUUUUAGAUUUGAGUCUUGUAAAUGCCUACAUCAUAUUUAGAGACCGACUACAGAAUAAUAGAAGUUUAAAUUUAAAAGAUUUUAGGCUGGCUGUUGCUAUCGGUCUAGUCGGGGCAGAUCCAUCUGUGCCAACAAGAGUUGCAAGUCUGAUUUCUACACCAAACGCCACCAAAACCAACAAAUCAAGAAAACGAUCAGAAAAAGAAGUAGAAGACGAAGAAGAACCUGCUUUAAAUUUGUCAGAUUUGAGUGAACUAUCCGACCAUGACAAUGACUAUGCCAGUUCCAUCUACAUCGUUUGA